UUACGACCCGUUAUGAGACUGCAUUGUUGCGUGACUUUUUGGGGGGGAUUUGUGUGACAGGCUUUCUCGGAAAUAUUGCGCAGUUCCAUUCUUCACUUCGAAUUUGGACAUUCAUAUGAAAUCUGCCAGAGUUUCACCAGUAGUUGUGUUCUACACAGAGACGAUGUUGCAGUCGAAAAAGCGAGUUCAUAUUUUUAACUGUGACAACACAUACGAGCUAGAGCCCGUUGAGAAAUUGCUCGAGGAAACGAAGAAGAAAUUGUCGGAGAAAUUAAGCAUCCAUGUUGAGCCUGUAGAGAAGCAUUCAUUCAGACUUGCUCAAAUGUCUGAAAUGGUCGACAAAAUCCGAACCCAAGAGAUGGAUAUGGCCUUCUUCGUGGUUCAUGCGAGUGAAUCUCGACUCUCGAUCAACGAAGACAACGCUGGAAUUGGUUACGCCAAGAUAUACAGAGCUUUACUACAAGCGACGGGAGGAGAUGUCGUCAUCGUUAUCGGAGGAGAUGUCAAUUACGAGAGCGACGACGAAGAGAAUCGAGAGGUUAUUUCACGUUGGGCGAAGAGAAAAGUUUCCUCACAAUUCAGCAUAGAGUAUCUUGAUGGAAGAAAGAGCUUCAUCUUUUCCUGGAACAAACAACAUCGAGCAAUUCACGAAGAAGCUCUGCUGCAUCACUUUGAUCCAAACAAGAAAGGACAAAUGUUCCAUCAUCAGUCGCCAUCUACAAACCAACCAUCAAUACCAGAACUUCCAUCUCAAGCAAAAUCUCCCGAAUUGAAAAAUCCGCAGAAACCCAAAAGUCCUCCUCGUAAUGAUGAAGCCACUUCUGAAUUGACAACGGUUGAAGAAAGGCAGACUGAUUCACACCGUGGUGGCGACUGUAGCUCUGAGCGCAGCAGAGGCAGGGAGUCGUCGGAUCCUUCUUUUAGUAAUCAGAGAGACGCACAAGGAGAUCUAGAUUAUUCACAAAGGAAUUUUCCAGAAGAUAAAAGUAUCCAUUUUGAAAAUACCCAACAGCUGGUGUGGGCGACACAAUUCUCAGUUAAAUCUCCUCCCACUGUUUUACUGAGAGGUUUCGCUCGUUAUGGAAAGGUACCUGAUCAGAUAGGCGACCUUCAAAUAUGGGACCCCGAAUUUAAAGUUCCCGAUGACAUACAAGAGAGGCUGCUCAAAAAACUCCGCAACACUCCUUUGAUUGGAGUGAUAGUCAUUAAGCGCAGUGAUGGCGAAAUUGAGUGUUAUACUGACCCAAAUUUAAAAGAACUUUCGUUGGACGGGGAAAUACAGCUUGCUGCUGAUGAACAACUCAUAUUGAAAACUCGUGUUCGCAACGGAGAGGUGUCUUUUGAAGAUGUUGCUGUACAGUUUAAGUAUGGAAACGCGUGCAUUCCGCAACACAUUAUCGAUGAUUUCAGAGCUAAAGAUAAAAAACCUAAUGGUGAUCUGUACAUUAUUUCAAAUGGCUCGGAACAUUUUCGAUGUGUAAUAAAAAGUGGAAUUGAUCUUAAAAAAGUGAUAAGAAUAGUCUUGGAAGAUCUAGGUCUUCCAUGUUUAAAUCACUGAUGCUAAGUCAUUGAGUAAU